UAUUAUUUUUACAUCAAAAUUUGAAAUAGUGUCUUCGUCACUUCGUCUUCGUCUCUACCCACAUAUCUGUGUUGUCUCCACAACGAUGGGAAGGAGAUGUAGGGUUUGGUGGCCAAAGCAACUCACAUUGAGCAAACCAUCAUCAUCCUCCAAUUUCUUGCUUGGUUGGUUUGUUUCUUCUUCUCCGUCUUCUCUUGACGUCGUCGUCGCUUUCGCCUGCACUGAACUCGCGCUUUCUGGUAUUCAAUCAAGUCUCCAGGGAAUUCUUUGCGACGCGAACAGAAGGAUGCCUGUGUUACUACAGGAUAAUUCUAUGUUGUGUGUAGUGGGUCAUUUGUUUAAGGUUCAAACAGAAGAGGAUCAAUCUCAUUCUUCUUCUUGUGGGUGCCACAAGCUCAGUGGAUCAGUAGAACAAUGUAGGGAAAAUUUUGAGGGAAACGGUUAUUGGAUUACGAUGAUGUGUGAUCCUCAAGAACAAGUUGGAAAGGACAUUACUUGGAUUCCGAAACUGCAUCACAUUCACUGGCAUGGGCAAAUCGUUUCUCGGUGUGAUGUCCACCUAAUUUUGUAUGAGACUCCCGCCUAUGGUGCCCACCAUUUCUCAUUACAUCCUUGGAAUUCAUUUGAGAAAGUGAGUGCACCUUUGAGAAAACCCAAGUGGGUUGAUGAACUUCACCAGAAGCAGCAACUCCUUGAUUUGGAUACAGUCAUUCUGGCAAUUAAUAGCUCCGCAACCGCUGAAAUUGUUUUUGAGAGCUGCCUAGGUCCCAAGACGUCUUUUGUGUGCUUUUCUACUGUUUACAUGUUUGUGGGCUUUGUAUGGCAACUAUUCGCCAUGUCUGUGGCUUCAUUAUCCGCUUUAUUCUAUGUCGUUCUUCAGUUUCUGUAUAGACUUCUGAAUUAUGCAUCAGACUCUUGGAUAGACCUUAUAUUAGUAAAGGUAUUCAGCAUUUCAAGGAUAAAUGUCAGAAUCCGUGGUUCUCAGAUCUUGUAUUGGCCAAUCGUUCUUCAAGAUAAUGGCAUGAGGUCACCAUCAAGUGUGGAAUACGCGGAGAAAGCCGCAUUGCAUAAGCAUUCCGUGUGGUCAAGUUUAGCUGUUGAUGUACUUCUGGGAAACUUGUUUGGUUUGGUACUGUUGUAUCAUGCAGAAUCUGUUUGCAUAUGGAUCUUGAAAUUUUCCAGUGACAUGACGAAUGAAUUAUUGCGCUCAGGCUGUGUGUGGUUGAUGGGGGUACCUGCAGGUUUUAAGUUAAACAAUGAAUUGGCAGGAGUUCUUGGGAUGAUUUCUCUAACUGCUAUCCAGAUUUGGUCUACCAUUUGGAUCUUUUUGGGGUCCCACUUUCUUUAUUUCAUUAGAGGACUUGCUAUAUCAGGAAUCAUUUUUGGGGUGACUAUACCUGCUGCUUUGAUAAUCGACUUGAUUGCACUAGCAACGUUGCAUGUGUCUACUCUUCAUUGGUUGAUAUCACUUUUGUAUUCAACUCAGAUACAGGCAUUAGCAGCUCUGUGGCGCCUUUUCAGGGGCCGAAAGUGGAAUCCUCUUCGUCAGAGAUUAGAUAGCUAUGACUACACUGUCAAGCAACACAUCGUUGGAUCUCUUCUGUUCACACCACUCCUACUUCUAUUACCGACAACUUCUGUUUUCUACAUCUUUUUUACCAUUAUGAACACAACUAUCACCCUUAUCUGUAUACUGAUUGAAGUGACCAUAUCUGUUAUCCAUGCCACACCAUAUAUCAAAAUUUUCCUUUGGUUGGUCAGGCCGAGAAGAUUUCCAACUGGGAUAUGGUUUGAAAUAAUGUCUGUUUGGAGUGGUGGAAUUGAUUCUCCUAAGGGUAUUAUUUCACCAUCAGAUAAACUUCAGACCGGAAAGGACCUCACUAGAUCUUCUGUUGUGGUUUCAUUUCUCCAUAGUAACUUCUUGACUGUAGGACAAAUAGUCAUGCCUCACUACAAAAAGCUUCUUUCUGGGAAACCUCGGACAUUGGUUGCUACUGCAGCUUAUGGAGUCCUCACUGGCAGACGGAUUCCAUCUACAAUCGGAACUGAUCUUCCAAUAUUUCCGUGGAUGCUAAUCUCCUACAAAGAGUAUUGGCGUCUCUGCCGCGAUUCAGUUCUCGCAUGCCACAGAACGUGAAAUGUAACUAGUCUUGCCGCUGCCCGUUAACAACUAACUGCAGUUAUUUUAACCUAACCCGAAAUUUUGUUCUCCCAUGUAAACCACUCUUGUGUCCAUUGAUUCUGUUUCGGGCCGACCAUUCAGGCAACAUAUAUCUGAUUCGAUUUUGAAGGAUUGCAACGGAAAAUUAUGUUAUUUUUUGAAAUUUUUAUACUUACUUCCAUCUGUUUCA